GAUGCUUUCUGUGUUGAAAGAUGCUGUUCCAGUCCUUGGAGAGACUGAAGAAGGAGAAGACAGCUGAGGAGAUCAUGGUGACAGUAAUGGACAUGAAAUCUGCCUUGGGCAGCAAAGUCAGUUGCACCCAGUUUGAGGCAAACAUGGAGCGGCUGGAUCAGAGGCUGCGGAAGAUGCAGAGCCUGGUGUUGGGACAGAAUCAGCACUGGAACGAGCUGCAGGAGAAGCUCAGCAACAGGAUAGAAAACAAGCUGGAUCGUCAAGAGCUGAAAGCUUUCCAUGAGCAGAUGGAGGAGACCUGGCAAAAGAACAUCAAGGAACUUGAGACCAAGAUGGCAGAGAGUGACAGCGCUGCUGGACUGAGGAAGUGAGUGGGAUGGGCAUGGCAACGGCUUUGGGGACAGCGAUGGUGCUGUUCCCUCCAGCUGUCC